AUGGACAGUAGCACCUGGAGCCCCGCCACCGCCGCUGCCGUCACCCGGCCUGUUGAGGCCCACGAGCUCAUUCGCAAUGCAGCCGACAUCUCUGUCAUCGUCAUCUACUUCGUGGUGGUGAUGGCCGUUGGACUGUGGGCUAUGUUUUCCACCAAUCGUGGGACUGUUGGAGGCUUCUUCCUUGCAGGCCGAAGUAUGGUGUGGUGGCCGAUUGGAGCCUCCCUCUUCGCUAGUAACAUUGGAAGUGGCCACUUUGUGGGGCUGGCUGGGACAGGAGCAGCUUCAGGCAUUGCUAUUGGAGGCUUUGAAUGGAACGCCCUGGUUUUGGUGGUUGUGCUGGGCUGGCUGUUUGUCCCCAUCUAUAUUAAGGCUGGGGUGGUGACGAUGCCAGAGUACCUGCGGAAGCGGUUUGGAGGCCAGCGGAUCCAGGUCUACCUUUCUGUUCUGUCCCUGCUGCUCUACAUUUUUACCAAGAUCUCGGCAGACAUCUUCUCGGGGGCCAUAUUCAUCAAUCUGGCCUUAGGCCUGAAUCUGUAUUUGGCCAUCUUUCUCUUAUUGGCAAUCACUGCCCUUUACACAAUUACAGGGGGACUGGCAGCGGUGAUUUACACGGACACCUUGCAGACGGUGAUCAUGCUGGUGGGAUCUUUAAUCCUGACUGGGUUUGCUUUUCAUGAAGUGGGAGGCUAUGACGCCUUCAUGGAAAAAUACAUGAAUGCCACUCCAACUGUGAUUUCUGAUGGUAACACCACCAUUAAGGAAGAAUGCUACCUUCCGAGGGCCGACUCCUUCCACAUCUUCCGAGAUCCCCUCAAGGGAGACCUGCCAUGGCCUGGGCUCAUCUUUGGGAUGUCCAUCCUUGCCCUGUGGUACUGGUGCACAGAUCAGGUCAUUGUGCAGCGCUGCCUCUCAGCCAAGAACAUGUCUCAUGUGAAGGCUGGCUGCACCCUGUGUGGGUACCUGAAGCUGCUGCCCAUGUUCAUCAUGGUGAUGCCAGGAAUGAUCAGCCGCAUUCUGUACACAGACAAAAUUGCCUGUGUUGUCCCUUCAGAAUGUGAGAAAUAUUGCGGUACCAAGGUUGGCUGUACCAACAUCGCCUAUCCAACCUUGGUGGUGGAGCUCAUGCCCAAUGGAUUGCGAGGCCUGAUGCUGUCGGUCAUGUUGGCCUCUCUCAUGAGCUCCCUGACCUCCAUCUUCAACAGUGCCAGCACCCUCUUCACCAUGGACAUCUACACCAAGGUCCGCAAGGGAGCAUCUGAGAAAGAGCUCAUGAUUGCUGGAAGGUUGUUUAUCCUGUUGCUGAUUGGAAUCAGCAUUGCCUGGGUGCCCAUUGUGCAAUCAGCACAAAGUGGGCAGCUCUUCGAUUACAUCCAGUCCAUCACCAGUUAUUUGGGACCACCCAUUGCAGCUGUCUUCCUGCUUGGUAUUUUCUGGAAGAGAGUCAAUGAGCCGGGAGCCUUUUGGGGACUGAUCCUAGGAUUUCUGAUUGGGGUUUCACGUAUGAUUACUGAGUUUGCCUAUGGAACCGGGAGCUGCAUGGAGCCCAGCAACUGUCCCACGAUUAUCUGUGGGGUGCACUACUUGUACUUUGCUAUUAUCCUCUUCGUCAUUUCUGUCAUCAGUAUCGUGGUCAUCUCCCUCCUCACCAAGCCCAUUCCAGAUGUGCAUCUUUAUCGUCUGUGUUGGAGUCUGCGCAACAGCAAAGAGGAGCGUAUUGACCUGGAUGUGGAAGAGGAGAACAUCAAAGAAGACCCUAAGGAGACCAUUGAAAUAGACACAGAAGUUCCUGAGGAGAGGAAAGGAUUCUUCAGGAGAGCCUAUGAUCUGUUUUGUGGGCUGGAGCAGCAGAGUGCACCCAAGAUGACCGAGGAAGAGGAGAAAGCCAUGAAGAUGAAGAUGACAGACACCUCUGAAAAGCCUUUGUGGAGGACAGUGGUGAACAUCAAUGGCAUCAUCCUGCUGACCGUGGCUGUCUUUUGCCAUGCAUAUUUUGCCUGAGUCCUACCUUUUGCUGUAGAUUCACUAUGGCUGGGCUCUUACUCACUUCCUUUUAAUCUUGUCCUGUGGUAUUGAAGGGAAACCAGCCAGUUGUAAAUUUUGCCCAGGUGGAUAAAUGUGUACAUGUGUAAUUACAGGCUAGCUGGAGGAAAAUCAUUAGUUUGCUGUUAACUUAAGCAUUUGAAGCUGGUGUGAUGCAGUGAUCUGUACCUACUGAAGCUGCAGAAGGAAAGUCCACUCAGUCACAUCCAGAAAAAGGUAGACUAAGAAUCAGAAGCCAUGUGAUGUCUGAUGUGAGUCUGUCUCAAUGUGAUUUGUAAUCCUUGAAUAUUGUUUUAAGAGUUUUGGUCACAAUGGUUCCCGAUACUUUCCCUCUUCGUCCUCCUCUCCAUUUUUUUUAAAAAAGAAAACUAUUUCUCCCCCAUCAUAUCCCUCUUGAGUUUGAGUUUUGCCUGGACUUUCCCUCUCAAGUGUGUCAAUCUGAUAAACUGAGGAAUGCAUGGAAGCUGAGGAUGGAGCUUGAUGGGCUCCCUGUCCUGGGUGUUUGCUCUUUGAAGUGGAGGCCUGAGGAAGGUAGAACUUCCAUAGAAGGGAGGGACUUAGGCACCAGCCUCAGGCUUGUUGGGGAGGCAGAUAGCCUGAGUCCAGGACAUUUUCUGGGUUUGUUCAAAUGUCCAUUGUACUUCCCUGUGUUUGGGAUUCCACUCAUUUUGGCAUUCACAGUGCCUAGAAUGUCUUAGACUUUCAGCAAUGCUUGUUGAAUAAAUGAAUGACAUAGGCAUUUAUUUAUAAAUCUUUGCUUUCUUUUUACAUGAGCCUGGUCCUUAGUUAACCUCUUCUUGUGGCUGCACAAAGUAUGCCCACUGGUUACUAAUGAAUUGGGAUGCAUUUGCCACAGGCCACUCUGCCUGCCUCAUGGUGCUGAGGUUGACAGAAGGGGCUUAGAAACUGACACUUUGUCAUGUGAGAGAGCAAAUGUGCCUACUAGGGGCAUGUGUAAACUCAAAGCAGCUGCACAACUGCACUCUUCCAAAACAUUGAAGUCAUUAGCCUGAGAUCAUCCUCCCUGUGAGUUCACAUGACCAUAACUCUUCCUUUCGUAGUUGUCUGAAAUUGGUGUUCAUGGAUUGACAAAGGUUAGGGUAGGUGAUCUCUGUUCCGAGUGGUGGCACCCAAUACUUCUAGCUGACAGAUGUGUAUUUUUUGUUGAACCAUUUUCUUAGGAAGAAAUUCUUUUAUUUAAAUUAAACUAAUUAUUUUAAUUAUACCUAUGAAAUCUCAAUUAUACUGUAAUAUAAUCCCAUUGAAAAAAUUAUGAUGUUAGUAUUGACUGGCUUCAGGCUAGCUUAAAAAAAGCUGAGAGUGUGGUUCCUGGGUAUAAACACGGUUCAAGAGGUAAAGGGAUGGCUUUUUCUCAUAGAAGUAAGGAAACCCAUAGGGCACUAUUUGUAAUGCCUUCUCAGUCCCCUGAAUCUAGGCAGAGGAGAGGGAAUAGUGGAGAAUUUCACAUGGCUGGCAGUCCCUAAAGGGCUCCAUCUGACAUGGAGCUUGUGCUAUGUUUUGAAUUUUGAGAGGCUAAAGGGAGAGGAAGGAAAGCCACUGGAUGAAGUGGAUAGUGGAAAAUGUCUGGAUUGUCCUGGAUUUGGUUUCUGGCUUUGCUAAUGAUUUGCUGUGUAUAUUUUGGUAAAUUAUUUUGUCUCAACUGUGUAUUUUUUUUUGAAAAAUGAAGGCCUUGGUGCUUAUAGCAUCUACCUACCUCCUGUGGUUGUGAUGAUGACACUUUGAAACAGGAUGGGAGAUACAUAUGUGAAAGAUGCCAUACAGGUGCUAUAUUAACCUGCAUUAUAGUCCCAUAAAUUAAAAUGUAUUGCUUUGAUAAAAAUAAAAACAUUGAAACACCAUAA